AUGGCUUUAAAACGUUUAUCUAACGAUGUUCAAUCUCUGUUAAGUGCAUCUGCCCACGUUAAUAAUUUUAAGAGAGCUAUUGAGGAAUUGAUUUACAAUUCUCUAGACGCAGAAUCUACAUCGAUUGCGAUAAGAAUUUACAUUGAACAAAGUUCGAUUCAAGUUAUUGACAACGGAUGUGGCAUAGCUAAACACGACUUCAAUUUAAUUGGUCAAAGGCAUGUGACGAGCAAAGUAAAUAAUAUUGAAGAAUUAAAAGCCGCUCCUAAAAACUAUGGAUUUAGAGGAGAAUUUCUAGCUAAUAUUAUAACAAUUUCUCAAAUAGUAAAAAUAACAUCGAGACACUUAGGCACGGAAGACACAUGGGCAAAGACAUUUUGUGAUGGCAAAGAAAAGAAGUUUGCUAAAAUGACAAUGAGGCCGUCUAAUGGAACAACAGUUGAUGUAAAAGGCUUUCUACACAACCUAAAUAUACAAAGAAGAGGAAUAGAUGCCAUGAAUGAAAUGCAAAACAUCAAACUAUUUUUAGAACAAAUAUCUUUGGCUCACAACAAUGUAUCUAUAAGCUUAAGAGAUGACUCUAAAAAUGAAAUAGUAUUUAAGAUUCAUAAGAAAAGAGAUAUUUAUCAAACAUUAUCGACUUUAUUUGAUAUAAAUAAAUCAGACGCAGUAGAACUUCAAGUAGAGAAGCAUGAGUACAAAGUCAAAGGUUUGAUUGGAAAGACUGAUAAAGUUAUUGACUUGCACUGGAUUUACCUCAACGGAAAAUGUAUGCACAGUAGUAGCAAGUUACAUAAAAUGGUAAACGAAUAUUUGAAACGAUCUCUACACAUUAAAGAUCCAAGGAGGUUGAAAUUAAAGACAUCGGACGAAAAUCAAUUAUUUAAUCAAAAUAUUCCAUUCUAUUUUAUUUUUCUUACGUGUCCAUACAUAGAUUAUGAAAUAAGUUUAACCCCUAAACAAUCAGUAGUCGAAUUUAAAGAGUGGGAACAAGUAACUAAACUACUAGAUAAAUUAAUAAAGUUCUAUGUUGGUGACGUGGCAGUAAAAGAAAUUAAGGUACAUAAAAAUGCAUGUUUAAAUAAUAAUAAACAACUAAGCGACGCUAAUCAUGAUACUCGCAAUCAAGUAAAGAAAAUCAUAGAGAAGAUAUUAGGAAGCAACUCCAAAAAAAUAGGCGUUUCACAGUUACAAAAUGGAGUAAAAGGAAAACUGAUCAAAAGAAAGGCUAAAAAGAAGGCUAAGCCCAACGACACUAAUCAUAAUAUACAACAAACAGAAAUUAAACAUAAUUCUCAUAGGAAAACUACAGCCAAAACGAAUGCAGACCGUUUUUCGGAACCCAGAAAUGAACACAUUCAAGCCUUAGAUAGUAAUUUAGAUAAAAGUCCAAUCCCAGAAUUAAAAAAUGAAGUAACAAAAGUUCCGAAUAUUGCAAAGAAUCUAAUUAGAAAUAAGUCAACGGAAAAAAGGAAAAAGGAGAUAAAAAACAAAAUAUCUUCACCAGCUAAGGUCAUUAGAAAAACGGUCAAUAAAAUACAUAAAGAUAUCAUCAAAAGCCAAGAACAUUAUCUACAUUCAGACACAGAUUCAGUCUAUAAAAGAAAUAAAAUUGUAGCACAAAAGGUGGAAGAUUUUUUGCCGCACGGAGUCACAAAGAAAACAAGAGCCAAUAAACAAAGUUUAGAAAAGAGAAACAGAAAAGCAAACAAGAGAGAACUUGAAUUUAAAAUCAGAGAGAAAAAUCGUGCGAAUAAUGAAAAUAAACUUGAACUCCUAAAGCUAAACAAGUACAUUGUGAAUAAACUUAAAGCAAAGUCAUACAAAACAACAUAUGAUCUUAUUCAAACUGUUUUGGGAACCCAACAAGAAGUAUUUGAUGUUGGGGAAAAUAAUUUCAGUGAAGAAUUAUAUACGGGAUUUAAAAAACCAAAUGACGGAAUACAUUUUAUAUCAAAAAGAAGAACAUGGACGAAUAAAUGUGUUCUUCGUGAAUACUCUAACCGUACUCAACGCCACAGAAUAGACAUAAAAAAUCAAUUUAUAAACGAAAGCCCAACUCGAUUUAGGGUACUUGAAUAUGAAGAUAAUUUUACAAAUCACAAAACAGAAAUACAAUUUAGUAACGAAAAUCCGUUCCAAUUUGAAGAGCCUCACAAUAAUUUCAGUAAAAAUCAAAGUCCUUACGAUGGACAAGAAACAUCCAAUGCUAUAUCAAAUGUUCCACCAACCUUUGAGUCUGUUACUAGAGAAUUUUAUAACGCAGGUCGUCAUUUCAACUGUACACAAAGAGAAACAUCAUUUCAAACAAUGAGUGGGCCAUUAACAAUAUUGACUUAUGACAGUCAUGGACACCAUAAAAAUGAAGUGUUUUUAAAUGACGACAUUGCAAAUUGUGAUAUGACUAAUAGAAAACACAAUACAAGGUUUAUAACAAAGCAAUCUAAAGAUAAUUUCAUUACAUCUAACGAUUUAAAUAUAAGAUUUAAAAAAUCUCGUAAACCAGUAUCGAGGCAACCCAAAAUGUAUGACUUAUGUAUGAGGCAAAGAAUAAAUGAAACACUGUACACCAUCGAAUAUACUAAAAGCAAUGAAAGUUGUCAUUAUACAGAACCUAAUCAUAUUCUGGUUAACAAUGCCACUUAUGUCAAGGAAAAAGCAAAUGUAACUGAACUUCCUAUCAUAGAUCGUGCCCCAGCGUACGGAAAUACAUACACACUAAGUCCUUCCCAUCAUUCAUUUGACCUAAAUACUAUAACACAGAUCCAACAGAACUCUUUACAAAAUAGAAUUCAUUCACAUGAAAUGUUUGGAACAUACACAAUAGAUGAUUCUGACUGUGUAAUAAACAAUGAUUACAAGGAACCUAAUACAGGUAAAAAUGAUUGUUUGAUAGGCAAUAACAACGUGAAUAUUGUGUUUGUAUCUAAAUCACAACGGACUCAGACUGAGACUUCGAAAAAUGUGAGCAUAGAGCCACUUAACUGGUGCGAAACAGUUUUAAACGAAAUUGAAACUGGAGACGCAGAAUUGCCUCCAAAAGAAAAUGAUCGAUUGAAUGACUCUCUAUACGAUAACUUUAUCAAUAAUGAUGACGGUAUUGAUGAAUGGGUUGCAAAUGAAGUUGGACAAAUCAUCCAAGACAAUGCUGUCGGCAAUGUAACCGAAGAUGUCUCACAUCACUUUGUAGGAAACAAUAAAGAAACACGCGUUAUAAAUAACGAAAUUAUAAUUGAGGAGCCUCCUCAUAUUAACAAUCAGAUUAAUUACGCUGAAAAAAAUGACUGUAAUUAUGAAAUUAAUCAUUUUAAUGUUAAAAACAGGCAUCGUUUUGUACCUAAAGGAGAUGCCUCUCGAAUAUUUUAUUACUAUGUAAUUUCAGGCAUGUCACAAAUCUUCGAACAUUGCCGAACUAAGGGCGCAUGCGACUACAAAUUGGAUGAAGAGUAUUAUGAAGAUGUAAGUGACUUAGUUAUAGUGGUUGCUCUUAAUACAGUUAGAGAUAAACCUUUAUUUACUGUAUUACAGAGUAUUUACAACAAUUUUGCAAAAGAUGUUCAAGUGAAUACAGAAAUAUAUGAACCUGUGGUACAGAAUGUUGAAGAUCAUGCUACAAAAAAUAUACACAAGUUUGAAAGUAAAGUGAAGAAAGAUAAUGCGUCUCUUAUUUUUGACGAGACAUCAUUGAAAGAUGCUAAGGUGCUAGGUCAAGUGGACUGUAAGUUCAUAGCAGCAAUAAUGAAAAAGCGAAGCUGUGAAACAAAGGAAACAGCAGAGUAUCUCAUAUUGUUUGAUCAACACGCAGUUCACGAGCGCAUAAGAUUGGAGAGAAACUUAGCAGAUUAUCUAAACGAAGACAAAUGGGCAACUGUCGCAGUAGAAAAUGUAGUUUUGAAGAUGUCCAAUAACCAGAUUCUUUAUCUACAUAACUAUAAAGAUAAGUUUGCACAGCUUGGUCUACAAUGGACUAUUAAUGAUAAAGAAGUUAACGUCCACUCUAUACCUGAGGCUAUUCUUGGAAAAAAUCCUAGAGAGGUUGAAAAAGUGAUAAAAGCUGUGAGAAACUUGAUCAUUGAGGAAAUCAACGUCAUGAAGAUGCAAAAAGGUUGUUUAUCGUUAUAUCCAAAAUCAAUAAUGGAUUUAGUUUUUAGUGAGGCUUGCAGAUAUGCAAUAAAAUUCGGUGAUCAACUUUCCAAGAAUGAAUGCAUCAAAUUGUUGCACGAUUUGUCCAAUUGUAAGACGCCAUUUCAAUGCGCCCAUGGAAGACCAGUUAUGGCAGUCAUAAUGGAUAGCAAAGCGGAGAAUCGUGAAUAUAAGAUUAACAUGUCGAAACUGAAGCAGUUUAAACGGGUGAAAUGA